GCAGUUGGAGAUUAAGCUCUUUUUGAAGAUUGGAUUUUUGUGGAUUUUUUGUGUUUUUGAGGAUAUCUGUUUUUACAAAAAAGAACAUCAAUAUUAACACUAUAUGGGACCAAAAUGCAACAUUUGACAGUUAGACUCUGGUAUGUGACGUCUAGCGUCUCUUCAAAUAGGUGCAGAGUGAUACCUCAAACUCUACCGACAACAACAAACUUCCCAGGAUUCCUUGCUUCACCGUGUGCUCGUCUGCGGUUGUUUCAAACAUGGAGGAGAGGGAAAGAAAAAGUGUAAAAUCAGACAGCAAAGAGAAGGUGCCAGCAGCCGGUACAAGUACAGCACCAGUGCCGGAGCACGAGCCGGAGGCAGACAGUAAAGAUGGGGACGAUGACGCAGAUAAAAUAGAUGUCUGCUCUGAGAAGUUUGACCCCCUCUUAGCCUUAUACUCUCCGACUGUAUCGCUUCCUUUUCCAAACAUCAAAUGUUUUAACAAUGUGGCAGAAUACGAGAGCUUUCUGAGGGGCGGCCGGGGCAGGGCCAAGCCGGAAAACGUGGAGAAGAAACGGUUCAAGGCGAUGAAAGGGGUCGCGGACCCGGAGCGCAUCGAGAGGCUGAAGAAGCUCAUGGUGAAUAACCCGCCGUCAGAGGAGGGGGAGAGCAGCGGCACGCCGCGGAGCAGGAGGCGGCAGAAGCCCCAGAAAAAUGUCCUAACAAGGAUGCCCUUGUCUAAAGGGAGUCCUUUGGGUGAGCUGUAUCGAUGCGUUGAGGAGAGGAUAAGGGUCAAAGUUCACAUUAGGACCUUCAAGGGACUGAGGGGAGUGUGCUCUGGCUUUGUUGUUGCCUUCGACAAGUUCUGGAACAUGGCGAUGGUAGAUGUAGAUGAGACAUACAGAGAGCCUUUGCUUGGAGAGGCACUCUACCAUGAGAAAGCCCUCACCAUUACACGGCUCUUUGAGAAGCUAAAGCUCCAGGAAAGCUCAGGAAGUGAUGAGCCGGCGAAGAAGCACGAAGCCCAGGAACAAGCCAGCAAGCGUCAGCCUGUAAACCCCAAAGCUACUCGAACAAGCCGGUCUUCUCACCCUACCACCAGCAGAGGGGAGAGAAGGACAGAGUCCAUGUCGUCAGAUGCUGUUAAAACCACACAGGAUAAACACAAAGUCUCGCUAAAGGCCCAGGGCUCAGAGGCCUGUCAUAAGAACAACUCCCAGCCGUACGGCAAAGUCCAUACACGCCACAUCAACCAGCUUUUCAUUCGGGGUGAGAACGUUGUCCUGGUUAACCUACAGCCAAUCUGAUUCUUGUCUCCUGUUUGAUACUUUUGAACAAAACAUUGUAUUUUCAACAAACAUCAGCUACAACUACAUUUGAAUUAGAAAUUUCAUUUCAUGUUGAACAUCUGAAAUAAUAGAUGUGUGUAUGAAGAGAGAUCUCUGUGAUUAGAUUGUGAUUGAAUUAGAUUCGGAAGAAUCAAACAAGGAUUACUGUUAUAUCAUAUUGAUAUGGAGGUUUUUCUCUGCCCACCAGAGAUAUCGUCUUGAUUUUGAGAAAUAAAAGCUUCUCAGUUCUAA